GGGAGGUUAUUUGGGAAUCCCCGUUUCUCUGUCCAUCUUUCUCGUCCUUAUCCCACCAGCAUGGGAGGAGCCUUCUCGCAUGUCUUUUUGUUUUUUUCUGCUGCUCGGUGGGCGGGAGCCAGAUAGGGCAAAGGCACUGGGAGAAUAGUGGACCCUUCAAGUUGCCUGACGGGCUUUUGUUGGAAUAGAGGCAGGAGAUACAGAGUGGAAAGAGAGAGCGAGUGUGGAGAGAGAGAGAGAGAGAGAGAUACUCGUCUCCACUCCCCCUCCCAGAAAUUGGGAGAGCAAGUCUAAAUCAUGUUGCAUAUCAGUGCUGUUGUGCUGUGAUGUUGCUCAGGCAGAGCCCGACGCAGAGCAGACCAGUACUCAGAACCCGGAUCAGCCCAGCCCUCUCAGAACUGGAGACCCGCUCCCCGCAGCGUCCCUCGCCUCCACCACGUGCCCACUUCAGUGAAAUGUAUCCUGAAGAGAGCCGGGGGUCCGGAGGGGUAGCCACUGUGGACUUCCUGGAAGGGACAUACGACUACGCUGCGCCCACCCCUGCCCCGACUCCCCUCUACAGCCACUCCACCCCUGGCUACUACUCCGCUCCUCUGGACUCCCACAGGCCGCCCUCAGACGGCAGCCUGCAGUCCCUGGGUAGUGGGCCCACCAGUCCUAUAGUGUUUGUGCCCUCCAGCCCCAGACUCAGCCCCUUUUUGCCCCCACCCGGCCACCACUAUCUGGAGACCACCUCAACGCACGCCUACAGCGUACCAUCCAGUCAGCAGUCGGUUUCCAGAGAGGACCAGUCCGCCACCAGCGAGGAGUCGUACAGUCUGGGGGAGUCAGGCGCCGGCGCGGAGGCCGGGGGCUUUGAGAUGGCCAAGGAGACGCGGUUCUGUGCCGUGUGCAGUGACUAUGCCUCUGGGUACCACUACGGGGUGUGGUCCUGUGAGGGCUGCAAGGCCUUCUUUAAGAGGAGCAUCCAGGGUCACAAUGACUAUAUGUGCCCGGCGACCAAUCAGUGUACUAUUGACAGGAAUCGGAGAAAGAGCUGCCAGGCUUGCCGUCUUAGAAAGUGUUAUGAAGUGGGCAUGAUGAAAGGAGGUGUGCGCAAGGACCGCGGCCGCGUACUGCGGCGGGACAAGAGACGCACUGGCCUCGGUGACAGAGACAAGGCCUCUAAGGACCUGGAGCACAGGACGGUGCCCUCUCAGGACGCAAGGAAGCGCAGCAGCAGCAACAGCAACAGCAACAGCAGCAGCAGCAGCGGUGCUUGUGGUGGAGGAAAGUCGUUCCUGACCAGCAUGCCUCCCGACCAGGUGCUUCUCCUGCUCCAGUGUGCCGAGCCGCCGACGCUGUGCUCCCGCCAGAAGCUGAACCGACCCUACACCGAGGUCACCAUGAUGACCCUGCUCACCAGCAUGGCGGAUAAGGAGCUGGUCCACAUGAUUGCUUGGGCCAAGAAGCUUCCAGGUUUCCUGCAGCUGGGCCUCCACGACCAGGUGCAACUGCUGGAGAGCUCGUGGCUGGAGGUGCUGAUGAUCGGGCUGAUCUGGAGGUCCAUCCACUGCCCCGGAAAGCUCAUUUUCGCACAGGACCUGAUACUCGACAGAAACGAAGGCGACUGCGUCGAGGGCAUGGCGGAGAUCUUCGACAUGCUGCUGGCCACCGCUUCCCGCUUCCGCUUGCUCAAACUCAAACCCGAAGAGUUUGUCUGUCUCAAAGCGAUCAUCUUGCUUAACUCCGGGGCCUUUUCUUUCUGCACAGGCACAAUGGAGCCUCUCCACGACACCGCAGCGGUUCAGCACAUGCUGGACACCAUCACAGACACUCUCAUACAUCACAUCGGCCAAUCCGGUUGCUCGGUGCAGCAGCAGUCGAGACGGCAGGCCCAGCUGCUCCUCUUGCUCUCCCACAUCAGACACAUGAGCAACAAAGGCAUGGAGCAUCUCUACAGCAUGAAGUGCAAGAACAAAGUGCCCCUGUACGACCUGCUGCUCGAGAUGCUGGAUGCUCACCGCCUCCACCGGCCGGACAAACCGGGUGAGUCGUGGUUCCACGCUGACGGAGAGCCUCUCUCCUCCACCACCAUCACCGACAUGAACAGCGGCAGUGGCGGCGGCGGCAGCAGCUCCACCUCUGGUGGUUCCAAUGCAGGACCCCGAGUCGCCCACGAGGUUCCGAUCAGAGCCCCCACUGUCCUGCAGUACGGAGGGUCCCAGUCUGAUUGCACCCACGUCUUAUGAGACAGAGCGCAGCGAGGGUCAUCUGGAGGUCACAGAUACGCGCAGCACGUAAUGAGAGGGGCUUGGGAAUGACAUGUAAUGGUUGUAUUUUAAUUCAUUUCAUGAGAUAAUUAUUUAUAAAUUCAGUGAUUUUAUAGUUGUAGCUGUAUAUUUUUCCUUUGCAAUACUCAAUUCACUAAAAUCUGCGCGUAAAUGCAGUUAAUAUUUUGUACUGCCUUUCAUAUCUGUGAUUUUGAGUCUGCUUAUUAUUAUUAAAGCGGCAGGUGUGUAGUCACGUUGUUGCUUUGAAGUGACGAGCAGCUGAUUUAUUUUUGUUUGCCUUGACCAAAGUGCACUUCCUCUGCGUUUUAAGAGGCUAUUGUGCUUUAUUUUUACUUUUACAUAAUAAGAAUGAUUAUGCACUUAACUAUGAUAAAAACCCGGUUGAAAUAACUAAUUUAUUUUGUUUAAAUUACAAUAUAUCAGGUAUUGUGCACACACAAUUUUAAAAUUAGAUGUAAAUCCUUCUAAUGACGAAAUGAUCAGUGACAAAGGAUAUAUUUUGAAUUUUGAAUAGUUAAAGAUGGUCCCCAUAGCCACAGCUUUUGCGUGUAAUUAGUUUGUUCUUUAUGCUUACCUGCACCAAGGUGUUUUUUUUCUGACUUUGCCUUAAUUAUGUGUUUGUGUUGCUCCACUCGGAUUUCAACCAAACAAAUUGUUUUACCUCUCGCACAAACUCGUAGACUUGUAUCCGUAGACUUGUAUUUCAUGCAUAGAUUCUUGAUUCGAUGCAGUUGUUCAACAAACCUACAAACCAGUCGCUGUUCAUCCGCUAAUUACAUCUCGAGUUUGCCUGGAUUUCCACACCUCUGAAAAAAUACAUAAUGUGGGUGCACAUAUGCGAUUGCUUUUUAUUUCUGUUUAAAUGGACAUAUGUAUCACAUUGUCUACAAAGUAUAUAUUGACUAUCAAGGAACUGAAACCUAUUUGGCAUUUUUGCUUGAAAAAUUACUAAUUGCCAAAUAGUUCUUGAACAUAUGUCCAGUGAUUUGUUGCCUUUAGAAAUCAAAGUUCAAGCAGGUAUGUUGCUAGGAAAGAAAUACUUGACAAAAAGAGGACAACAGUGUUGUUUCAGGUAGUUCAAUCUGUGGUAUGUGCCACUAAGAUGUGAAUGGAAAGCCCCCAUAAAAUAUAUAGAAGUAAAUGAUCAUUUAAGUCCAGGCAAACCUGAACUGACAUGUCACUGGUUUACUGUGCAUACAAAUAAAAGCAUUCAUGGGGAAAGUU